AUGGUUGUAGGCUUAGGGACCAAUGCAGGUACAUAUUCCCUGGAUGAAGUGCUUUACAGCUUAUGGUUAGCUUAUGGCAACUGUUGCUUUGUGGGUGCUUGGCAAUGCUUGGCUUGUUGGUUGGCUUUUCUUGGGCCGCGCUAUUUCCUUUUCCCCAUUGAACUCUUGCUCAGGAAGCAGCGCUUGGUCGACCGUUUUCUUCCAUCCACCUAUUUCCCGCGUGUUCGCGCACUCAUUGAGAACACAACGCUCUACAAGGUGCUGCGGCAGAUGCCCAAGGGUGGAGCAUUGCACUUGCACGUCUCAGCGUCCUUUUCCAUGACCUGGGUGGUGAAUCAAGGUGCAGAUGAUCCACCACUGGGCUCCUUGGCCUUCUACAACGCCACACAGGCGCCCCGCGCCUGUCGCUGUCGCGCCCGGCGAAGCGAAGGCUGUGCACCUGGCACCCACGUGCUGAUCCAGAAGGAUAAAGACUUUCCACAGAAGCUUCUGAAGUUGCUGACAGUGCAUGAAGAGGAUGAAUCGCUGACCUCGGCAGAGAUUUGGAAGAAGUUCGCCGACAUUUUCAUCCGUGUCGCAGGCUUCUUCACUUACCGAGAGGCACUGGAGGGAUACUUCUGGGCGACGAUGCUGGAGUUCUUGGAGGAUGGAGUGACGCACUUGGAAUUCCGUGUUGAUUUAUUCCACGACCAGGGCUUUCUCUUUGACCUCGACGGGCGGGAAUACCGAGGAGCAGCUGCCCUGGAUGUGUACCAGAAACAGAUCCAAAAGAUGCAAGUCCGACAUCCAGAGCUCACCGUGAAGCUCAUCGGCACCAGCAUCCGCAUGCGAAGCCCACAGGUGAUUGCCGAAGAUUUGGCUUUCGCUUUGGAGGUGAAGGCUCAGCGUCCCGACCUACUGGUGGGUUGGGAUGCUCCGGGUGAGGAAGAUGCGGGACAUCCCACCUUGGACUAUGCACGUCAGCUGUUAGAGCUGAAGAAGCAGGCGAAAGCCGGCCUCGAACUGCCACUGAUGCUGCAUGAUGGUGAGAGCGACUGGUCCACCAUGAACACGGUGGACGCGGUCCUGCUGGGCGCCAAGCGUCUAGGACAUGGCUUCAACAUCGUACGUCACCCGUUGCUCAUGGAGAAGGUUCGCGAGGAUGGCGUUGCGAUUGAGGUUUGCCCCAUUAGCAACCAGGUCUUGCGCUACCUGAGCGACCUGCGAAUCCACCCGGGCCUUCAGAUGCUGAAGAUGGGACUCCCUGUCACCAUCUCCUCGGACGAUCCGGGCAUCUGGGGCGCUCGAGGCUUGUCCCAUGACUUCUGGGAGGUGGCGGUGGCCUGGCAGCUGAACACGCGAGCGCUGAAGACGUUGGCACGGAACUCGAGGCUUGGGUUGAAAGGCAUCUCUGAGUUGCUGCUCAACAGGACCUUCAAAGCGACCGAACUUGAGAUCUUCCCAGGACAUUUUGUCACAAAAAGGUGA